AGCUGUUCAUAGAUUCCACUCAUCGGGCCCCGAUGUCACCUUUAGGCCCCGUAGCAAGAGAUUGGCAACAUACUCCAUUAAAUUAGUGUACUGUCUGCAAAUUGCUGGAUAAGCUAUGGUAAAGGUUGUGUUUUCUCUCCAGCCAGGAAGUUAACUUGCCCGCCAAACGUUCUCCUGUGGCCCAGUGGCUGAUUACAGUGGAACCUUAUUGCGAUGCAUUCAUAGUUCUUUUAUAGACUGUAAGGGGAUCGGGAAUUCCUAGUUGGCGUAAGGAUCUCAUCAGCAAUGUUUGGGUUCGGAGGUACUGGCUUUGGCCAGCCGGCUCAGCAGCCUGCGCCGGCUUUUGGAGCUCAGCCGGCGAGCCCUUUCGGUAAUGCGUUUGGACAGCCAGCACAACCAGCUGCAAGCCCCUUUGGGGCCCCAACUACUAGCACUCCUCUUUUUGGAGCACAGAACCCUGCACCAGCGUUUGGCCAAGCAGCUCCGGCUGCUGCGCCCGCUUUUGGAGCGACAACUAGCACAACCGGCUUUGGUGGAGCAAGUUUUGGGGGGGCCGCUAAACCUGCCGGGUUCGGUGGCUUUGGUGCCACGACCACAGCUGCCCCGAAUCCCUUCGGGGCAACGGCACAGUCUACGCCCGCUUUCGGAGGCUUUGGCGCCUCCAGCACCCCUGCCUUUGGCGCCCCAGCGGCGGCGCCCGCUAACCCCUUUGGCGCCCCGGCGGCGACCGGAGGAUUUGGAGCCGCGGCGGCGCCCGCUUUCGGAUCCGCGCCCGCUGCACCCGGUGGAUUCGGAGCCCCUGCCGCUACGACAUCUGCGCCUUUUGGCAGCACCACGACCAACCUGUUUGGUGCCCCCACCGCCUCGCCGUCGCCCUUUGGCGCUCCCAGCGCCCCACAGCCCAGCACCGGCUUUGGAGGCUUUGGCGCACCGGCUGCCGGCGCAGCCGCUAGCAGCGCCGGCACCCGCAACGUGCCGUACAGCAAGACCAGGGAUCCGGACGCGCCUGCCACCGGCCCAGCCACUUUCCUGACCUCCAUCUCGGCGCUCGCCAACUUCCAGCCCCCCAACAACGUCAAAUCGCAUGACGAGCUGCGGUGGGAGGAUUACCAGGAGGGAGUGAAGAACCAGAGCGCGGGGCCCGCGCCGGCUGCCGCCGGCGCCUUUGGCGCUGCCGCGUCCCCCACCGGCGCCUUUGGCGGUUUUGGAUCAGCGACCGCCCAACCGUCGGCAACCAUGUCAACCAGCUUUGGGACCGCUCCCGGGACGCCCAGCCCCUUUGGUGCGCCACCUGCGACUGCAUCCUUUGGCGCAACCACCGCUGCGCCGGCGUUUGGCGCUCCGACUAGCCAGCCGUCGUUGUUUGGCACGACGGCAGCUCCCGCCGCGCCGGCGAAUCCCUUUGGGACCACGGCUGCGGCCUCGGCGCCGGCGUUUGGGGCGUUUGGUACGGCGGCUCCUGCGGCUGCUAGCCAGCCCUCGCUGUUUGGCACUACGACGACGAACACUGGGUUUGGUGGUGCCACCACCAAUGCCUUCGGAACGACUUCGCCGUUUGGAGGCGCCUCCUCGGCAGCUACCUUCAGCUUCACAAGCUCGCCUGCGACGUUUGGUGCUGCCUCUGCCCCAUCGCUGUUUGGCACCACCGCCGCACCGGCGGCGAGUCCGUUUGGGACCACAACAGGAGCGCUGGGUGCCGUAGGAUCCCCCUUUGGUGCGGCAUCCUCUGCCUCUGCUUUCGGUACAAGCACCUUCCCCGCAUUCGGUGCCAACACUGCCGCCAAGCCCGCUGCUCCAUCGCCAUUUGGAACCACGGCGCCCUCCCCCUUUGGAACCACGGCUCCCGCCGCGGGCGGCGGACUGUUUGGCAACACGGGCUUCAACUUCAACACUCAGCCCGCCUCUACUCCCUCCCUCUUCGGGACCACCACCGCGGGAGCCGCAGCGCCCUUUGGCACCGCCGGCAUCUUUGGCACUCCUGCUGCCACGGCUCCUGCUGCCGGUGUUGGGCUGUUUGGUACCACCACCACGGCGGCACCGGCGGCGCCAACGCAGCCCCCGUCGGUUGCCCAGCCAGCGUACGGCAACUUUGGCUCCUUGCCUGCCGUACCGGAGGCCAAGGUGGGCAUCACCACUCGCCCAGGACGUAUCGCCUCGAUCAGCAGCGGCGCUAGCAAGGCGAGCCCGCUGCUGUCGUUGAGGCCCACUCCGGUGCGGUACGGCGCUUCCGUGCGUGCCCGCGUGGACCAGCCGCCUGGACUUGGCCUCGGUCUGGCCAGCGCCCUGCCUCACACGCAUGUCGCAUCGGGUUUGCUCCCCGCGUCUGCAGCAGGCUCGGACCUCCUGACGCCCCAGGCGCCUGCGGGUGCUGGUGCCGCCGCUGCCGCGGCGGCAGCCGCUGUCGCCGCAGGCGGCAGCGGCCUCCUGCCGCUUCGCCAGAACCCGCACCGUCUGUUCAUUGCCGCGCCGCCUCCAUCCACGGAGGCAGCUGGCGGCAGCAGCUUCCUCUCGCCUGUGCGGCCGCUGUCGGCGCACCGGGCUGGCACCCCCGACGGCGCAGCAGCUGGCGGCGAUGACGACGGCGAGCCCCCCGCCACGGUACUUGAGACUCCCGGCGCCGCUGCGGCCGCAGCCGCUGCGGGUGCUGGAGCCCGCCACGGCGGCCUCAACGGCUACGCCAACGGCUACUCUGGCGGCGCCGUCGCCGCUGCUCCCGCGGGAGCUGGUCCGUCGACGACAGCGGCGGGAGCCGGCCGAGUCGCCGCCUCCGCCGCCGCUCCAGCCUUCCAAGACGCCCCUGCUUCCGAGGCGCACCUCCCGCGGCUGGGACGCCUGGUUGCGGAGGGCUACGCCUUCAGCCCCAAUGUGGAUGAGCUGCGGCUGCUGCACAGCCAGAACCCGGAGAACCUGGCAUCGGUCUCCAACUUCACCGUCUCACGCGCCGGCAUCGGUCAGGUCCGCUGGGUGGUACCCGUGGACGUCCGCGGUUUGCCCUUGUACGACAUUGUUUCCAUUUCGUACGGCGAGGUGCUGUGCUACGCGGAUGCCUCGGUCAAGCCGCCACAGGGCCAGGGCCUGAACAAGCCCGCGGAGAUCACGUUGUACGGCGUGUACCGCAAGGACAAGGAAACGGGCGCUCAAAUUAAGGAGGGCCCUCGCGGUCAGGCGUACGAGAAGCCCCUGCGGCAGAUGUGCGCUCGCAUGGGCGCCAAGUUCCUCUCGUACAAGGUCGACGGCGGCGUUUGGAAGUUUGAGGUGGAGCACUUUAGCCGCUACGGCCUCAUAGACAUUGACGAUGAGGAGGACGCGGGCGGCGCCGCCGCCGCCGCAGCUGCUGCAGCUCCUGUGGAGGAGGGUGUGGGCGAGGCGCAAGGAGCUGGAGCAGCAGCAACAGCUGUUGGAACCGCACCCAGGCGACUGGGUUUGGGCCUGGGCUCUGCUGAGUCAGAGGUGGCGGAGUUUGGGACGCCUCAUCUGUUUGGAGGCCGGGGCCUGGCGGGUGCCGGCCUGCGGGGCUUUGCCUUUGGCGCCAUGGGCGGCGGUCCGGCGGCCAGCGCGGCGGGUCGCAGUGGCGGUGCGGCGCUGCUGGCUGGGGCGGCCGGCGGGGAGGAGUCCGAGGUGGAGCCCUCGGUUGGGCUGAUGCGGCGGCAGCAGCUGGGGCUGGCGGGACUGCCGGAGGCGGGAGGGUCGGAGGCGACGGGCGGUGGCGUCGCAGGUGGCGGGGCGACCCAUGGGACAGCGGGGGAGGCCGGCAGCCGGGCGGACAGGACACAGCGGUAGCGCUAGCGACACACAAGCCGGCGUGCGUGACCGUGCGGAUGAUGCGACAGGGCCGUAGAGCUAGCGCAGACAGCGACAGAAUUCCGAGGAGCUAGCGGCAAUUGCAGUAUUAGGAACAGCAUUGUAAAGCACGAGGGCUGGAGGGGUUGUGUUGGGUAGUUGCGUUGGGUAGCUUGAUUGCUAGGUGGGGUUUUAGGCCGUCUUAUGUAGGAUUCUCUUGCUCUCUUGACGCACUUGAACAUUGGGAGUAGCACAUGUUACCCUGGUUUCUUGCUGACGAAUACGGACCAAACGUCCUAAUCACAGCUAAUGGUCCACAGGCCUGUUACCUCGCCAACGCACAACGGUUGGGCAAAGCCCUUAGUAAGAUAGCUUCUUAGCAGAGUUGUGAUUAACAAAGCACGGCGUGUGUUACAACUGCUUGUUUGAAUUUGCACUCGGACAGUGCCUUUAGGGAUGAAUUACGUGGAGCCUGUUUUUUUUGCUCUACUGACCAACCGAGGAGAAAUGUCGUUGGCCGUUGCGUGCGCAGUGCUUCGUGUUUGCCGGUGUUGUAGGAGGUUGCCUUCUCUUUGAUGCGUUGCUAGGCCUCGGACAAGUCCCCUUCCCUUAUCGUAACGGGCAACGGAAAGCUGGGAAAUGUUAGUUGCCACUUCCUCUACGCAUGAUGUGGUCGGGCGGAAUAGUCCGCAUUGAGGUUGUCAAGAGUCACCCUAAACACCCAUGUUUCAGGUUCGGUAUCCGGCCGUUGGGCAUGUAAGAAUCCCGGCUCAGUG